CGUGCGCUCCACUUUGCAUUUGCUGCACUCUGGCUUUGAUCUUGAAUUGUUAUUAAUCAAUUAAGAUUAAUGCAAAUGUCAGGCCUCAAUGGCCACACGCGCCACGCCCAUCUUCCGAAUCAGCUAACCCGGCAAUUGAACUCAUUUGGUGCGCAGUUUUUCCCAUUAAUUGGGAGAUUUGUCGUUUCGAUCGAAUUCCCGAUCAGAUGAUUACGUACAGAAAUUCCAUGCCCAGUGCACACGUCGCUGGAUUGUCGAGAUGUCGGAUCUAGCGCAUCUAUCUCUAUAGUCUGGAUGCGUUAGCAGUGAAAGAAACGAAGAUUGUAAGCCAAAUUCAUGCAAGAUGCCUUAUCUGUAUGGGAUAGCGGACACCAAGUUCCUUCACCAGAAGGUGAAGACGAAGGUGAGGGCCCGUUCGGAGAUGGCUCCUACGAAGUUCAGGCGCAACGAUUUCCUCAGGGGUUGUCCCAAAUACGACAAGGACGACAUACCCAUACAGUUUAGGACCUCGCCCGAUUCCCUCGUAGAGCUGUGCUCCAUUGUGGUGGACCAGCUGCCAUUGCCCUCGAUCUUCGAGUGGGACGACAUGGACAUUAGGCGAUGGAUCCAUGGCUACGGUUAUCCUCAGUAUAUGAACACCCUUCGCGUGAAUAUGAUCUCGGGAAGAAAGCUGCUCCUGCUGGAUGCCUCUGCUUUGUGUGCCAUGAAUAUCAAGGAUUUCGAUCAUAUCCGGCAUAUAACCUAUGGCAUUCGGAUGCUCUUCCACUUUGAGCUGACCAAGUUCUCCUCCAGUAUCGCCUUGCCCGAUGAGAAACCCAACGAGUUGUACUUGCUGUUCCACACGCAAACCGGAAUGAACUACGAUCAAGUGCGCAGAUCGGAUCUCUACCGGCGGAUGCAGAUCCUCCGGGAGCGGGCCCGCAACCUGGACCACUGGGAUCUGCUGUAUCUGUGGCUGCGUCGCGAACAGGAGCGCAAGUUCAAGGAGCUGAUCGGAAUGGUUCCCCGUUCUAAGAUGUUUAAGUGCGCCACGGAGGCGAAGGAACCGGAGCAGUCGCCAAUGGAUCUGGAACCGGAGGAGCUGAUGUGUAUGACCUGCAUCCCGCCGUGCGAUUGCGACUGGACCGAACGGGAUGUCCGGCUGCCUUGGCGUCUCCAGUGCCUGGCUCCCAUGCUGACCACCACGAUGAGCAAGUGGAACGAUAUGCAGGCCCAGUGCUCCAUGUGCAUCCCGCCCUGCGAGUGCCGCUGGCCACCGCGCUACUACCUCACGGGAACCGUCAUCCGGUGCCUCCAGCAGCGCUUCCCCGAGAAGUUCUGUCCCAUCUUCGACGAGCGAUAUCGGGCUUCACCGCGUCCCAGUCUCGUGGAGCGUUGGACACGCUUCUCCAUUUGAUUUGGAGAUUCUAGAAACUCUAUUUAUUUUAUAUGGACUCUAUUUCGGGCUGUUUGUCCUCACAAAACCCUGA